AUCAAAAUUAGAUGGAAACGCCAAAUGUGAGGAGGGUCGGUGGAGCGCACUUACCCUUUCCCACCGUCCGCGGGUCCGAGUCAGUUAUAAUUAAACGACCUUUGGACGUUUCCCAUCGUCAGAGCUUCCUCCCAAUUUUGAACCAAUCAAAAGCCUUCCACUUCAAAUCUCUCUCGACGCUUCCCUUUGUUCCUGUCAUAGUUGGUGACAGAUUUGCCAAUAAAGCACCUCUUUUUUCUUUUGUGUUAUAACGUCCCUUGCAUCGUGACAGGAGGAGAAGACAAGGGAAAAAGAGUGAUUAUAAAGAGAAAGCAUCAAGAAAUAUACCCAUUGUUUGCUUCUUCGUUUGAUCCAACCUUGAUUUUCUCAGUUGUCACAUUGGCUAAGGACUUUUAGUCUUUAAGCUAUGGCUCUUGAAAGCAUUGUUUCUUCUCCCCAUUGGAGGUCAGGAUCAAUGAGGAAACAAUUACAAAAAGAUGAGUUGGGUAGCUGGUCAACACUUGUUCAGAGGCAUAGAUUCCUCUUAACAGCAUUGGGACUCUUGGCAUUCCUCUGUACUAUCUACCUUUACUUUGCUGUUACUUUAGGGGCCACAGAUACAUGUACAGGAUUUAAUGGAAUGCAGAAAGCAACAUGUAAACUGCAGCAUGCAAGGUCGUCUCUGUCCCAUGGAAAACUGAAAUUCCUUUAGUAUGCUUAUGGCAAAUUACUUGUCACUUUUAUUAUUAUAGUAUUUAUUUUUAGACAGUUUUAGGGUAUUUAAAUUUGAAAAAAAAAAAAA